UUAUUAGUCUUCUGCACUAAGAAGUAUCAAAGUCAAGAAAAAUCAACCAUGUAGUCAUUGUUACUUUCUAAACUAAUUCGGUUAUGGAAAAUUAGGUUAAUCUUUAAUUAAGAACUUAUUUUUCAGUGUCUUAAAACAAAAUCUGGUGACUAACCAUGUUCGUGUAAGACAAUGAUUAGCCACACUCACAGUGCUGUGUUUUAUUGUGAAAUGUGACAGAGGAGUGUGUUGUAAAGUGGGAGGAUCAGUGCACAGAGAGCAGCUUCUCUCUGCACUUGGGCUUGUGCGCUUUCAUACUCUUCCUGCAGAAAUCUGCAUGCAUCUUUUGAAUAUUUGCUGUUAAACCAUCAGCAUUGGUUGAGUGAAACAUGUCGGAGCAGCGUUCAUAUCUGGUUCUGGAGAACUUCAUCGGAGGAAAGUUUGUGCCAUGUCAGAGUCACAUCGAUUCUUACGACCCGUCAACAGGAGAGGUUUACUGCAAGGUGCCUGACAGUGGCAAAGAGGAGAUAGAGGGUGCUGUGACAGCAGCUAAAGGAGCAUUCCCCAGCUGGUCCGCCCGCAGCCCCGAGCAGCGAGCUCAGAUCCUCAACAAGCUGGCUGACCUGAUAGAUGCAAACCUGGAGGAGUUAGCGCAAGCUGAGUCCAGAGACCAGGGUAAGACAAUCACAUUUGCUCAAACGGUGGACAUCCCCAGAUCGGCGUACAACUUCCGUUUCUUUGCAUCCUCUGUGCUCCAUCACACCACUGACUGCAGUCAGAUGGACCACAUGGGCUGCCUCAACUACACCAUCCGCUGCCCUGUGGGAGUUGCUGGUCUGAUCAGCCCGUGGAACCUGCCCCUCUACCUGCUGACCUGGAAGAUUGCACCUGCAAUUGCUACUGGCAACACAGUGGUGGCAAAACCCAGCGAGAUGACGUCAGUGACGGCCUGGAUGAUGUGCAAACUGAUGCAGCAGGCUGGCGUUCCUCCAGGUGUAGUAAACAUCAUAUUUGGGACUGGACCAAAAGCAGGUGAUGCCCUGGUCGGCCAUCCUGAAGUCCCUUUGAUUUCCUUCACUGGCUCCACAGCCACAGCUCAGCACAUCACAACACGGAGCGCCCCCUACUGUAAGAAGCUCUCCCUGGAGCUGGGAGGUAAAAACCCCGCCAUCAUAUUUGCUGAUGCCAACCUAGACCAGUGUAUCGAGACCACAGUUCGCUCCAGCUUCUCCAACCAGGGAGAAAUCUGCUUGUGCACCAGCAGGAUUUAUGUAGAGAGAAGUAUUUACUCUGAGUUUCUGGAAAAGUUUGUGGCUGCAGCUAAAAAGUGGAAGACGGGUUUACCUUCUGAUCCCAGCAACAACAACGGAGCUCUCAUCAGCAAAGAGCACCUGGAGAAGGUUCGUAACUUUGUAGCCCUCGCCAAAUCUGAAGGCGGCAUCAUCCACUGCGGUGAGGGGGUUGACCCCCUGGACCUCCCUGAAUGUAACGCCAAUGGCUACUUCAUGCCUGCAACUGUCAUCUCAGGUGUGAGUGACAGCUCCAGAGUCAUGCAGGAAGAGAUCUUUGGUCCCGUCACCUGCGUCAGCUCCUUCGACACAGAGGAUGACGCUGUUGCAAAGGGUAACGGGGUACGCUACGGUCUGGCUGCGACUGUUUGGACCCGAGAUGUGGGGAAGGUUCACAGGGUGGCCAAGCGGUUACAGGCAGGUUUGGUUUGGACCAACUGCUGGCUAGUGAGAGAUCUGAACCUGCCCUUUGGAGGGAUGAAGAACUCAGGUGUGGGGCGGGAGGGAGGGAAGGAUUCGUAUCACUUCUUCACAGAGGUGAAGAGCGUCACCAUAAAGCACUGAGAAGGGAAAGUGAAACGGCAGCAGAGGCGUGACCAGAUUGUGAAACUUUUUUGAAAGUAGAAAGUGUUGUAGUUAAACUUGACCUUGAUAAACCUCUGAGUGCAACUCUUUGGAAUUUUUUACAAUUUUUUCUCCUCCCACGCUUGCGAGUAACUGGAGCUUGUAGUAGGUCAAAUUACUGAAUAUAAAGUCACAGAAAGUCUCACUAGAACAAAACUGAUGGGUACAACAGCAAAGAUCCAGCAGAUAUUCAGACAAAAUACAAAACAAUUAAGGCCUUUUGCGUGUGAUGUCAUAAUAGUAACCUGUGUUCAUCUGUGUAGUGCACAUUUAUACAUGGAAAGUUAAAAAACUUGAAAUGUCAACUGUUCAGUUCCUGCAAAUCAUCUUAUUAAGCAUUAAACAGCAUUAUCCAAAUCAACAUAUUUACAACAGUAGUACUGAAUGGGCUAAUGUUAAUAAUAGCAGCUAAUAUAAGGGUUUCAAGCAUGACCCUGUUUACUGGAAACCCUCAACUGAAUGAGAUGUUGAAAUCAGGGAGUAGUUGCUAAUGUCUCUUUGUGUCUGAUGAGCAUAUUUUGACAUUUUCAUUAGACAAAAGAAGUUUUUACAUGUACCGAUAAGUGGGCAUCACGGCUCAUCAAAUACACUCAGACUAAGGGCGCUUUCACAUUAGGCCCAGUUGUUUCCAACUACGCUGUGGCGCGAUCCCCCCCCCCCCAGCUUGCUUUCACACUAGCAACAUCGAACUGUGCCAGGGCACACUUGUGUAUUUACUUGGUCUGAAACUGCAGGUGGCGGUAUGUACAUAGCUGGUUUACAACCCUGCAAAGAAGGAGAAAGAAGAAGAAGCUACCAUGGCAACCACUGGGGUCAUGACCUGAGUGAAGAUUAUUUUGUUUUGACAAAAAAAUCCUCCU